GUUUUUUUUAGCUGCUCUCUCCAACACUGCAUUAAAACGAUCAAAUCUUCGUUUUUUUUUAUUUACUUAUUUAUUGGAAUAGACCGUGCGUUAUAAAGCAUCAUUUGACGGAACUGAAAAAAAGUCAUCAUGAGUGACAUUAUCUGUCCACCGGAGAGCAUCUAUAACCUCAUUCCCAGAGAGGAAGACAAAAUCAUCAAAUCGCCCAGGUACAUGUCAAAGUUCAGAGAGCAAGUGAAGCUGGAGAAAGACACGAACAAAGCCUCCAAUAAAACAAUGGGACCAGCACAAAUGGAUAUUCCAUCUCCAGAGAAAUAUCUACUUAAACGCUCCAAAGAACCUAAACUCCCUGAGAAGAAAUCCUUUCAAUAUGAAGAUGUGACAUGUAGUAAACCACCAGUUCCUGCACGAACAGACAAGCCACUCAUGGGUAUCCACAGCAACAAGAACUUUAUUCAAACCAACGCCAUUGAGAACAUCAUGGCAGUCCCUAAGAAACCACGCCCCACUUAUGCUGAUACCAAGAAAGGAGACAAACAAAUCCUGGAAAACUCAGGUCUUGUCCCAAAAUACAUAAAGAAGAAGGAUUAUGGUCAAACUCCGGAGUAUCUGCUACAGCGCAGAGACGAGGUGAGGAAGGCUCAGGAGGAAUACAACAACUAUGUGAAAGAUCGUAUGGGAGAUGGAGCUAUGAAACAGCUGUCUGACCCCGAACGCCACAAAAUCCUUCAGGCGCUGAAGAAGAACUGGGAUGAUCUUCUUCACCAGUAUCAAGGCCUCUCUGUUGUCAUAGACACGACCCCCAAAAAAUACAAAAAAGAGCGCCUCGAGCUGGAAAUGAAGCAGCUGGAGAGAGACAUUGACCUGAUUGAGCGACACAAAACCAUCUACAUUGCUAAAUACUGAGCGUGAUGUUGUUUUGGUUGAGAACUACUGUAUGUCUGACUGGGAGUCAAAACAUGUUAAACUGCCACUGCAUUAUUCUCAUUUUGUCUAAAAAAUGGCAAUAUAUCAAUCAAAAAGACUCAAGGAAAGCUUUAAAGCCUUACACAACAUAAUGUUUGGUUUGAAUACAAUAAAG